UAGUAAUUGAGAAAGUUACUCUGUAAACAUGCCAAUGCAAAAGCUUACAAAUUUGUCAGAGAAGAACUCCACGUCUACGCGCAAUAAUUAUUAAUGCUCCUUUCUUCAUAACCAAUUAUACUAGCCUAGAUAAGAUUACCAGUUCCUCGCUGCAAAAAACCUUCCAUAAAAAAAAAAAAAAAUCUUGAUCUCAGAGCUGUAUAUCCACGGAAGAAGAAAUGGCCGACCCUGUUAUCAGUGCCACUGUUCAGGCCGCAAUUCAGGUUGCCUUGGAGACGGCAGUAUCUCUUGCCUCUGAUAGGAUUGGUUUGCUAGUUGGGUUCAAGAAGGAUGUGGCCAGCAUGACACUUUCUCUUGGCUUUAUCAAAGAUGUCCUGGCUGAUGCUGAGGAAAAGCAAAACCAAAGCAGCGGAGUGCAACGAUGGUUGAAGUGUCUCGAGGAGGUGGCUUAUGAUGCUGAGAAUGUGUUGGAUGAGCUCCACUAUGAAUCUCUUCGUCACCAGGUGGAGUCCCGAAACCGACCCAAGCGAAAGGUAUGCUGCUUCUUCUCCUUCUCUAACAUUAAUCUUGCUUUUCGCUGGAGAAUGGCUUCUAAGGUCAGGGACGUCAAACUGAAGUUGAAUGGCAUCUAUCAAGAAGCCAACGGAUUGCUACUGUUCAGUAGGGCAGUCGUGCCUGCUGCCCUCCCUGCUGCUGUUGGAGACACAAGAAAUCGGCAGACUGACUCUGUUCUUGCUCCAAUGGUUGGAAGAGCCGAUGAUGAAUCAGAGAUAGUGAAGAUUUUGUUGAGCCUGUCUGAGAAGGUUGUUUCUGUUCUUCCCAUAACUGGUAUGGGAGGUUUAGGCAAAACAACUUUGGCUAAAUCGAUAUACAACAAGAAGCAAGUUGAUAGCCAUUUUGAAAAAAAAAUUUGGGUUUGUGUGUCCGACAAUUUUGAAGUGACAAGGCUUUUGAAAAUGAUUUUAGAAUCACUCACGGAAAGAAAUGAUGGAAUGACCAGCAGGGAUGUCAUCGUCCGGAAAAUUCGGGAACAACUUGUGGGAAAAAAAUAUCUUCUUGUUCUUGAUGAUGUCUGGACCGAAAGCCCAAUCUUGUGGGAUGAUUUCUUACAUUCGUUACGGGGGCUGAAUGCAACUAAUGGAAAUUGGUGUGUUGUGACAACUCGCAAACAACGAACUGCAUCCAUUGUGGCCACACAUGAUCCUUAUGUGUUAGGAAAGCUAUCUGAUGAUGAUUGUUGGUCUAUCCUAACAGAGAAAGCCAAUGCAGGCGUAGAAAUUCCCGAACAAUUACAAGUCAUGAAAAAGGAAAUUAUAAAAAAAUGUGGUGGCCUACCGCUAGCUGCAAGUGUAAUGGGAGGUUUAUUGCGCAUGAAGAGAAAAGAGGAGUGGAAAUUGAUUUUGAUGAAUGAGCUUUCAAAUUUGAGCGGAGAUGAAGAUGGUGUCAUGCAAAUACUUCGGUUGAGUUUUGAUAAUCUACCAUCACCAGCCAUCAAAAAAUGUUUUGCAUAUUGUUCUAUUUUUCCCCAGGAUACUGCGAUGGAAGGAGAUAUGCUAAUCGAACUUUGGAUGGCAGAAGGUUUCCUCCAUGCAGGUCUUGAGAACAAAACAAUGGAGGAAAUUGGAGAAUAUUACUUGGAAAUUUUAUUGCAGAGUUCGUUGUUUGAAGAAGCAAGAAAAUAUGGGAGAACAAGGUGGCAUAAAAUGCAUGAUAUGGUGCACGACGUCGCAAAAUCAAUAAUGUCAAAGUCUACUAGAUUCAUUAAUUCGGAGACUGGUUCAGGAGACAAUAGUAAUCAGGUUCGUUGUCUUGUAAUAGACUCAUUUGGAGAAGGCGCAAAAAAUCUUCUUAAGAGUCGAUCAAAUUUGCUUCAUACAUUGUUUCUGAGUCAGGGUAGCUUAUCUGAUGAUAUGCUAAAGAAGUUGAAGAAUCUGCACGUUCUGAAUUUGUCCGGCGAAGAAAAUCAGAAUCUGCCAAUCUCAAUUGGCAAACUGAUACACUUGAGGUACAUUAACUUUGAGGAUUCCACAAGUGAAACUUUGCCGGAAUCUGUUUGCAAACUUUAUAAUUUGCAGACACUGAGGCUAAAUAGUUUCGCUCUUAAGGUUCUUCUGAAGGGAACGUGCGAUUUGAUUAGCUUGAGACAUCUCCACUUUUACACCCUUGAUGAAGCAUUUCAAAUGCCGCUAGAGAUGGGACGACUGACUUGCCUUCAGACACUAGAGUUCUUUAACGUGGGUCGAGAGAAGGGUCGACGAAUUGGAGAGCUUGGAAGCUUGAAGAAUCUCAAAGGCAAUUUGAGGAUAAGCAAUCUGGAACUAGUAAAGGGUAAAGAAGGAGCUGAGGAAGCAAAACUAUCUGAAAAGGCAAAUCUAUUUAGGCUGGAACUUAGGUGGGCUAGUGAUCAAGAAGGCGACAACUACAACGACGAAGAUGUGUUAGAUGGUCUUCGACCCCACCCAAAUUUGGAGGAGUUGGUAAUUUGGAAUUUUAUGGGCGAUCAAUUUCCUCGAUGGUUAAUGGAUUUGCCAACAACAACAACAACACUCCCCGAGUUAGCGCGUUUGCGAUUUUAUAGCUGCGACAGAUGCAGAGAACUCCUUCCCCUGCAAAACUUUGCGUCUCUUAAAGAGCUAGUGAUUGCUCGUUUCGAUGGGUUGACGAAUCUGCCAGGUGACAUGCUACACUCUUGUACCUCUCUCCAGAAGCUUCGGGUGGCUUAUUGCGACAAUCUUAUCUCCUUUCCGCUCAAUUUGCAACAAACGCCUUCUCUCUUGGAGCUGGAAUUAGUCAAGUGUUCCAAACUGAAAACAAGCAUGACGCCCAAAGGAUUUGGUUUCCUAACCAGCUUAAGGGAGCUUACAAUUGGUCCCUUCUCAGAUGAUGGUGAUGAUCAUGAAAAUUCUUCAAUUUACGAUGAGUUUGAUUGGUCUGGAUUGAUAUCCUCCUCUUCGUCAUCCGCACUCCGUGGAUUAUACUUAUGUGGGUUGCCACACAUGGAGUCCCUGCCACCUCAGAUCCAAUGCUUGACCGCUCUGACGUCACUAUCGCUAUACGACUUUGGAGGUAUAAAAGCUCUGCCAGAUUGGUUCGGAAACUUCGCUGCUCUUGAAGAGCUGCAGUUAUUUGGUUUCAAAGAGCUUGGACAUCUACCCUCUGCGGAUGCCAUGAGAAGUCUCACCAAACUAAAAUCUCUGGUGGUUUUUGGUUCUCCUCUGUUAGAAGAAAGAUGCACUCCUGAGAGCAGCGGCCCCGACUCCCAGUGGUCCAAAGUUUCUCACAUUCAAGACCUACGCAUAACCGAUUACUAACCAACUUUCAUCUUCGGAUCAAAUUGAAUCAUGAUUGAUAGAAGAAUAGCUUCACGAACAGAGGUUAGAAUUUUGAAGCUUCUUCAGCACCGUCUAUAUGGCUAGACCGCAAUAACUUUUUGGCCUGCAUUUCCUACAAAUAGCCUAUCAACGUUUAGAACAACUAGCAUAGCCUAUCAACUUUUGGCCUGCAUAGCCUACAAAUAGUCUAUUUUUGUUUAUUUUACGUGCUCUGCUUCUGUGGAUUUCAAGUUAUUAUUGCUAAAGUCAUCUCACUCUGUUUAAAAUUGUAAUUCUAAGGGGACAAAACUUUUACCUCUUGAUAAUGAACUUGCAUAUUUAUCUGAACUAUUUGACUAGUAAUUGCUUUAUCAGUCAUAAAUGAACUUUCAUAUUUUUGAGGUAGCCAAGGAAGGUGUGUACUGUUUGAGCAAUGAAGUUGCACAAAACUUGGUGGAGUAUCUUCCAACAUUUAACUCUAAGCGCAAAGUUUUAAAGCAGUCCGGUAGUUGGUCAAGUCUGCUUGUUGCGACUUGCUACUGUUAAUGAAUCCACCUGCUUGUUGCGACAAGCAUUGCUACUGAUAAAGGCUUUUAAGCUCUCUCUGCUUUUAUGAUUGUUGGUUGCUUCUUUUUUAAGGUAAGUUUCUCCUUUUGGGGCUUUAGUUACAAUGACAGAAAAGCUACAAUUAUCUGAAAAUUUCCACUAGCUUUAUUCUAUGCUAUUCGCCGUCUUCAGUUUGAGUUUUUGUGCU